AGAGAGGACUCUCCCACGUAAUCUAUAAAAGCAGGGUUUGGUGUGAAAUGGAGAAGCGGGAAGAAGAUGGAAGAUCGCAGAGAGCCAUUGUUGGAGCUUGGAUUCGAAGCAAAACAAUGGAGAUGGUGGAAGAGAGGGUUGGAUAUGGAGGAAGCAAAGCUUCAACUUCUAUUUUCACUUCCAUUGAUUCUUACAAAUGUAUUCUAUUACAUGAUAUCUCUCGUCUCUGUUAUGUUUGCUGGUCACCUUGGUGAGCUCGAGCUUGCUGCUGCUACUCUUGCUAGUACUCUGGCUAGCGUCACUGGCUUCGCUUUCAUGACGGGACUGAGCGGCGCACUCGAAACGCUUUGUGGGCAAGCAUUUGGCAGGAAGCUUUAUGGGAAGAUGGGGUUGUAUCUUCAAGGCUCUUGUAUCUUAUCAUUCUUUUGUUCCAUCAUUGUUUCAGUGUUGUGGAUUUACACCGAACGUAUUCUAGUCUUGCUCCAUCAAGAACCCGAGAUUUCGAGGAUAUCUGCAACGUAUAUGAAGUUUCUCAUCCCAGGAUUAUUUGCUUAUGGCUUACUACAGAACAUCCUGAGGUUUCUUCAGACACAAUCUGUUGUCAUGCCUUUGAUUUUCUUCUCUGCAGUGCCAAUGCUCGUCCACUUAGCGAUUACAUAUGGUCUGGUUCACUGGACGCGUCUCGGUUUCAACGGAGCUCCAUUGGCCACAUCGAUCUCGUUAUGGAUGUCAUGCCUGAUCUUAGCUAUAUAUGUACUUAAAGCAAAGAAGUUUGAGAAAUCUUGGCAGGGCUUUUCAUCCGAAGCUUUUACCUAUAGUCUUUCAAGCUUAAAACUAGCUCUUCCAUCUGCAGCAAUGGUGUGUUUGGAGUAUUGGGCGGUCGAGAUUAUGGUCUUUUUAGCCGGGUUGAUGCCGAACCCUGAAACAAGUACUUCACUGAUAGCAAUGUGUGACAACACGGAAACCAUUGCUUACAUGAUCACUUGUGGUCUCAGCGCUACAGUAAGCAGCACAAGGGUCUCAAAUGAGUUGGGAGCAGGCAAUCUUGACAGAGCCAGAACUGCCAUGUUUGUGACUCUCAAGCUUGCUGUCCUCGUCCCUCUUCUAGUUGUUUUGGCACUUGCCUUUGGCCAAAGCACCUGGGCUAGCUUCUUCAGCAACAGCGUUACAAUAACAGACAGUUUUUCUUCCAUGGUGCCGUUGCUCGCUAUCUCGAUAACAUUGGACUCGGUGCAAGGCGCCAUAUCAGGGGUGGCUAGAGGUUACGGUUGGCAGCACUUGGCUGUAUACAUAAACUUGUCCACGUUCUACAUUGUCGGUGUAUCGAUAUCGAUCCUUCUCGGGUUUAAGCUUAGAUUAUAUUCUAAGGGUUUAUGGAUCGGAUACAUCUGUGGUCUCUCGUCGCAAACUGCUUGUCUUCUUUUGGUCGUUUUGUAUGCAAAAUCGAUUGAAAUGGAUCGAUCUGAUAAUAAAGUAAAAGAUAUAGCUCUUUUAGUUUAGUUCAUAUAAGAGAAUUAUAUAUUUUCAUUUU